AUGCAUCAACCUCGUCCCCCUGCUCCACCGAAUGGCAAGAGUGUAAACAACGGAGUUCAAGACAAUGGUCUUUCGCUCGAUCCUUCCGCUUUCACACGCGAUAUUCGCUUCCAAGUCCCUUCGUUUCUGUCCAAUCACGUCGGAGGAGCCCCCACCUUCCCACCAGGUGGUGAAGCAUGGACUGGCUUCAGCGGUGCCAAUAUUUUCGACGUCAACAGCCAGCUGACUCCUGGAGCUCUGUUCAGUCAUGUUUUUGGCAACCAGCACAAUGGUUUUGGCGGAGCAGACAAUCAUGUUCUGGAUGGCCUUGGGGGUUUCAUGCAGAGUGAUAGUGGUUGGGAAAACUGGAAGGAGAAUAACUUGAUGGGCGUUCCCGGGUCCAACGUUGCGUCUUCUUCCACCGCUCCAUAUGCUCCUCCCCCUGACUCGAAUUUGAACUCCACUACGGCUCCUGCAUUCAUUGGACCAGACUUGGCGGAUGGUCCAGGUUUGUACUCGACGACAGGCUUUGACAUGGUUGGCGUGCUCGCAAGAGUGGCAGGAAGAAAGGACCCCAAAACCGUUCUUGGUCCGGUUGAUCUUAGCUGCAGUUUCCUCGUAGUUGACGUCAGGCGUUUCGAUUGUCCAAUCGUCUAUGCCAGCCCCACCUUCAGUGCUCUAACCGGCUACGAAUUACCACAGAUACUUGGGCGCAAUUGCCGGUUUCUACAAGCACCUGAUGGAGAUGUAGUCAAGGGUUCAAAACGCAAGUAUACUGACAACAUCGCCGUCUCACACCUGAAGCGCAUGCUCAACGCUGGUAAAGAGUGUCAAGCAUCUUUGAUCAAUUACCGCAGAGGUGGUGUACCGUUCAUCAACCUUGUCACCGUUGUACCGAUACCAUGGGACGGUACGGACAUAGUCUACCACGUUGGUUUUCAAGUCGAUCUUGUGGAACAGCCGAAUGUGAUUUUGCGAAAUAUGAGAGAUGGGAGUUAUCAAGUCAACUAUACAGUAUCCAAUCCACCUCAACCACCUCUGCGACCUCCCGGGAGGGGCGAUCUGUCCGGUCUGACACCCGAAAUGCUGGAUAUUCUGGGUCCCCGACUGAACACGUUGAGUGAAGACGGUCGGAUGGAAUGGUACAAGAUGGUGUUGGAGAAUGCCGAUGACUUUGUUCAUGUAUUAUCACUCAAAGGGUUGUUCCAAUAUGUUUCACCAUCUGUUCGCCGGGUCCUCGAAUACGAACCGGAAGAUCUUCUCAACAGGAAUAUUGCCGACUUAUGUCACCCAUCCGAUAUCGUCCCACUUAUGCGCGAGCUGAAGGAUUCGACCCAAUCAACCGGUGAGAAUCAACCAGCACGAACCGUCUCGCUCGUCUUCCGCAUACGGCGUAAAAGAUCUGGCUAUGUGUGGAUUGAAUGUACCGGUCGCUUGCAUGUCGAGCCGGGAAAAGGAAGAAAAGCAGUCAUCCUCAGCGGUCGAGCUAUCGGUAUACCAACUCUCAUGUGGGGUUGUGUAGCGAAACAAGGAGGUUUAUCAGCCAACGAGUUCUGGGCCAAAUUGUCAUACAACGGUCUCAUACUUCAUGUUACGGAAUCCGCCUCUGCGUUCCUUAGCCAAACAAUGGAAGACAUCGUUGGUCAAAGCUUUCUGUCGUAUCUCCCAAGUGAUGACCUGUCCUUCCCCGCUUCUCCACACGGAUCGAUGCGGAACAGUAUGGAGUUGGCUUUACGAGCGGCAGCCAAUGGAGAAACGAGGGAUGGGGCGGUCACGCUUACGCAUACUCUAAUCCAACCUACCACUGGAGCGUUGCUCAAUGUCGACACCAUCAUCUAUGCGCUUCAGAGGACAGGUAGUCCGCUAUCAUCCCCCGACUCUGACAAUUCACCAUUCGAUCUCGUGCCAUCGCCGACAUCAUCGUCUUCAGUGUUACCAGGAGGACGUCCCUGCUCUUUGCUCGUACAGGUCAAAGUUGUGGGUUCUACAAGCAGACCAAUUGUGCACCCUGGCAAUGCAAAUAUGUUCGAAGAGCUCGAAACCACCCGUGGGACUUCAUGGCAAUACGAACUUCAUCAACUUCGACUACUCAAUCGUCGACUCAAGGAAGAUAUCGCCAACGCUCGUUCGAAAGGUGGGCAGAGGGCCAAGGGUAAGAAGAGAAAGGUGGAUGAUGGAGCGGGAAAUGGAGGUUUGGGAGGAAUGGGACCACCUCCGGUGCCGGGUCAAACGAUAGCGGAGACGACCACUGCAGCACCGCGACAUCAACUCGCGGCUGGAUUCGGGUUUGUCAUGCCUGGUAUGCCAGCUUAUUUUUAAUUUCCUACUUAUGUACCGUACGUCUGAGGGUGAUCAACGAGGUGCCCAUGUGUAUCUCAAGAAAGACACACAAAAUUAGCGGAAUCUCUUGGGGGGUUAGAUGGGGCGAAACACGCAGUGAUAAUUACUGUGAUAUAUUACUAUUGAUGAUUUGCAUCGUGUGAAAUACUGU